UUAUUAGUAUUGUUAUUAAAUUUUUUGUUCUGUUUAUGUUUUUUGUUGUGGUCCAGAUUACUACUGAUGAUGAUCUGAUAGCACUGGUGUCAGAUGUAGUUUUCCAGCCACAAGUUGUUUGGAAGCUUGGAGAUGUUCAAGUUACAUGUGGAACUCUUGGUCUCCCUAUGGCAACUGUUAGACUCAUUGAUGCUGAGGGGGAAGAGCAUAUUGCAUGUGCGAAUGGAACAGGUCCAGUUGAUUCAGCAUACAAAGCUGUUGAUCUCAUUGUGAAGGAACCUGUAACACUUCUUGAGUACUCCAUGAAUUCUGUAACGGAAGGCAUUGAUGCCAUAGCUACUACCAGAGUUUUAAUUCGUGGGGAGAACAACCACACAUCAACUACUGCUACUGGAGAAACUGUCCAUCGUACAUUUAGUGGAACUGGGGCAGGAAUGGAUAUUGUUGUCUCGAGUGUCCGAGCAUACAUUAAUUCCUUAAACAAGAUGUUAGGUUUCAAGAACCAAUCCAAAUCAAAGGUGAAUGAAGGAAAUUCUCAAGUGUCAGCAUGAAGAUACAAGGAAUUAAUUUUGUGUUUUCCAUGUUAGUUGUACUAAAUAGAAGAGUCAGUUGAUUGCUUUUUCAACUCUUCUCCUUGAUUUGUGCUUUCUAGGGGACAGUUUUUGAGGGUGCUUAAAAAACCUGAAAAAUGUGUGAUAUAGACUAUUUGUUGAACAUCUUAUUUUAAUCUGUCGAAAAUUACAUUUGGACUUAAAAGCAGCUGCUUUUGAGAACCAUUCAGACUUUUGUCUGCUUCUGAAACAUAUAUAUUGUUGCAGCUAUUAUUUAUUGUGUCCCUGUUCAUCAAGGUGACCAAUGUCUCCGGGUGUUGAACUGAUAUUUCUAUUACAUCUUUUAUUUUCUCUG